GCAAAACCCGCUUAAUUUAAAUACCGAACUCAAACUCUCCCCCGUCAACCCCCCAACUAACCCCAUACUGAAUCAUAAUUGAAUUGGAUUACCAACUGUGAUCACUAUUGCCUGUCUGGGUUUUCUGUUUUGAGAAGGUUUACUUGGUUUUUGGGUAUUGGGUUAUUGGGAUGAUGCUGUCUUUGAGCUGUUACCCAAGUGUUGAUCUGAGGCACAGAAGGUUUGAUUUGGUUUCUUGCUUGUGUUCUGGGAACUGGGGCUGUAAUGGGCUGCAGAAGAAUGUGCGGUUUCGGCGCAGGGAAGGUGCUCGAUGCCGGGUCUCAAUGAUGCAAAGCUUUGAUGUUCAGAGUUCGGGAGCUGAUCUGGGUAUUGGGAAGAAUUCCAUUGCUGCUCCGAGUAGCCCAGUUUUGGUAUCUUCUUUGAUAGAAGUAGUUUCUGAAGACUUGAAGAGACUCAAUAAGAAUCUGAAAUCAAUUAUUGGUGAAGAGAAUCCAAUUUUAGUAUCCGCAACAGAGCAGAUAUUUGGUGCAGGCGGGAAGAGGUUGAGACCUGCUCUUGUAUUCCUAGUUUCAAGGGCUACUGCUCAAUUAGCAGGUUUAGUGGAGCUUACAGCACAGCAUCGGCGGUUGGCAGAGAUCAUUGAGAUGAUUCAUACUGCAAGCUUAAUACAUGAUGAUGUGUUAGACGACAGUGGGAUAAGAAGAGGGAAGCAAACAAUUCAUCAACUCUAUGGGACAAGGGUAGCAGUACUAGCAGGAGACUUCAUGUUCGCGCAGUCUUCUUGGUAUCUUGCAAAUCUUGAAAACCUCCAAGUCAUAAAGCUCAUCAGCCAAGUUAUUAAGGAUUUUGCUAGCGGAGAAAUCAAGCAAGCAUCUAGUCUUUUCAAUUGUGACCUCCCUCUAGAAGAAUAUCUUCUGAAAAGUUACUAUAAGACUGCAUCUUUGAUCGCAGCAAGCACAAAAUCUGCUGCUAUAUUUAGCGGUGUCAAUGCCGGUAUCUGUGAUCAAAUGUUCGAGUAUGGGAGAAAUCUUGGACUUUCCUUUCAAGUAGUUGAUGAUAUCCUUGAUUUCACACAAUCAGCUGAACAACUUGGCAAGCCAGCAGGGAGUGAUCUUGCCAAGGGAAAUCUCACUGCUCCGGUCAUUUUUGCAUUGGAGAAGGAACCAAAACUAAGGGAAAUUAUUGAUUCUGAAUUUAGUGAAGACGGUUCCUUGGUUGAAGCAAUAGAAUUGGUUCACAAAUGUGGGGGGAUUGAAAGAGCACGUGAACUUGCAAAAGAGAAGGCUGAUUUGGCAAUACAGAAUCUGCAGUGCCUUCCUAUUAGUGACUUCAGAUCUUCUCUUGAGGGAAUGGUGAAGUACAAUCUUGAAAGGAUUGAGUAGAACUCCCGAGUUUUGGCGUAAACUAAGUUUUGCAAACCAGAUUAAUUGUAUAAUGUACACACGAAAGAAUGUGAUACACAAUGUGUAACAUUGUCAUUGACAGACUGGGGAUGGGAAAUAGGCUG